CUUUUAUUUUGAAGGCGGUCGCUUGUCUUCCGGUGUCUCGGACAUAUAACCGCUGCCUUGACGCGGUUGGAAUACUGGUGUCCAUGAUGACAACUUGAAAAAUCCCCAACAUCAGUCAGAGCCGAGACUACCUGCUUGAUCCAGUUCGGUAAAAAUGAAAGCGGGCCCGGGUCCGUUCGGAAGCUACUUGGCGGGGCAACGUCCUCCGGCCGCCUGGCUAGCAUGAAGUGGGGCGGCCGCUGCUUUUGUUUACAUCCAGACCUGAUGAUGGGCCCGGAGAGGCGUGUUGGCUAACCCCGCUACCCGAGCUGCUUCCAGGGAAGGUGUCACCGGAGAACCCGCUCUGUUAGGACCGGGGAGUUCCGUCCAAACCUCCGCCGCCUGAAGGUGAUGGACGUAUCCUCCCAGGACCCACCUCUCAUGGCCAUGGACCUAUCGAAGAGCUACACCCCGCUGACCCGCAGCUGCACCGAAGCUGUGGACCUGGCCAAAAAGCCUGAGUGGUACCACCGACAGCCGGCGAACUGCAGCACAGAAUGCGCCUCCGCGUACAGAACCAGGCCCUCGUCCUCCUACAGUCCACUGUCCCAGCCGGGUGUCCCUGUCCGCUGCAGGGACAUGGAGCAGAGACCCGAGUCUUUAGGGAGCUACAUGAAUUCAACCCUGGCUCCAGGACUGGAUCUUUUUCACAGCAGAGUGCAUGACAACCUGUGGCACGGUGGUUACUACGGAACCGACCAAAGCAGGGGCCCAGUUCCUGAAAGCAGCGGUGCAGAGGAGAGCGACAGCGGCUCUGAUGUUAUCUUCCUGGUUUCCUCUGCGAAGGAGCCUCUUUUGUGUGGCUCUUUCAUCCAGGACAGCGUGAGGCACAUGGUGGAGCCGGUUUCCCCUGCCAUGUCCUCGUUGGACGAAGGAACAGGUUGCUAUCUUCUACCUCAGCCCAUGAGCUCACCGAGUGCCGACAGCUCGUACUCGGAAGACUCCUCGGACAGCUCUGUAGACAUUCCAGUACACCACACCAGGCCUGUGGUCCUCCUUUCUGACCUCAAUGGUGUUUACGGACACCCUGGUGAAUCCGUCGUGGGCGAUUCAAGUGACGAAAGCGACGUUAUUGAGGUGUCUGUCACUAACCGUGAGAAGGAAAGACACUGUUACAAGGAACAUCUGCGUAAAAAAAAGAGUGAGGGUGAAGAAGCGCCAUCUACAGAAGUGUGGUGCAGUGCCAGAGUUAGAAAAUCCGAGUCCGAAAUGCCUCGGUUAACCUGUGGUGUGUCACGGCACAGCUUGAGAAGACGAGUCAAAAACGACGCUGUGGGCAUUUAUAACGAAAGCAGUGACUCUGAGGAUUUGAUUGAGUAUGCUUUUAGGUUUUCCAGCUCGGAAGAAUCUGUCUCGCAGCCAAAUUUGCCACAAAAAGCGAGCAGCAAUUCAGAGGAAUCAAACGGGAACGUCCAAACUUGCGGGAAAUCUCCUCAGAAGGAAGCUCAAUUUGCGAAACUGAAUGACAAACGAAAAAACCCUCUCACUCUUACUAAAACGAAAAAGGUACGAAAAAUGAAGCAGAAGCCGGUCAGCAGAAUCCCACCGCCAGAGCAAGAGAAGGUUUAUCUCGGUAAGAGCACAGCAGUGAAAAAACAGGUUGCGAGACGAAAAAGAAAUAGGUGUCCUCAGACGGCACCUUCUGCUCUGUUUUCUCCCAGAGAACCUGAAAUCAUGCUCAAAUAUGCAAAAACUAAAGAUAAAAAGGAUAGAAAACCUGCCAUUUUCUGCCCAUUUGUUCACAUGGAGCAGCAGCUGUGCAGGGUGGUCAACUACAAGGAGGAGGAGGGGACAGUUUGCUGUAGCAAAGGAUGGCAGACGGUCUCCAAAUCUCUACCUGGGUUUGUUCCCUGCACAUCCUGCUUCCAGCUGGGUCGACCCAGCUUGGAUAGCAUCAGUCCGGACCAACUGUUGUGCUGCCUGUGUGGAUGGCCAGCUAACACCAUGGGCCUCGGGGAUCUUCAUGGCCCAUACUAUUCCUCGGUUUCUUCUAUAGACGGUCAGACGUGCAAAACUGAGCAGAACGAGGACUUGCAGAAACUCUCCAACGGCCAUUUGCUGCACUCCUCUGAGGACGACUGCACUCCUGAUAAAACGUUGCUCAGAAGCGACAAAAUCUCUUCCACAAAGGUGCCUCUUUGUCUAAACGAGACCUGGAUCCAUGAGGAUUGUGGCAUCUGGUCCGCCGGCGUCUUCCUUGUCCGGGGAAAGCUGUACGGAUUGGAGGAGGCUGCCCGAAUCGCACAGGAAACUAUUUGUUCAACCUGCCAUCAGACGGGUGCAAUAAUGGGUUGUUUCCAGAAGGGCUGCCUGAGGAAUUAUCACUACACAUGUGCCAUUCAGUCAGGCUGCAUCCUCAAUGAAGACAACUUUUCAAUGAGAUGUCUGGAGCAUAAGAACAAAAUCUUCCCACCUGCAGCCAGACAAGACAAGAGAUGACGCUGAAGACAUGCGGGGGCCAUGGAGAACGCUCCACUGAUCUCCUCAGGGUGUGACGAGAGCUGUUCAGCUUCACCUCAACACUUUCCUAGUUCUAACAAACUCAAGCAGAGCUCGAGCAGCGGCCGGACCUUUCAGUAAGGAUUCGCAGCUUCACUUGUCAUGACUGAAUCAGGGUCCACCUUAUUUAUUUAUUUUUAAAAUACUUUUUCCUUUCGUUUUGUUCCCUUUGUGUUCUUCGUUGAUGUUUAGCUCAGCUACUUACUUGGAUUAAACAGAUGUUUUUGUAUUUGUUCCUUUCUUGGAGAUCCUCACUUCAACUAGCUGCUAAAAACAACCGUUUAUUAUUUUAACAUAGGUAUUAUAUCAGAGUUUUAUUGACAGAACAUGUCUUAUAUAAGAGGCCACUUUUCUACAAGUUUUUGUACUACUUUUUUAUUCCUUUUAGUGCUUUAGUCGUAGUUAUAUUUCUCUUUGUUGCAUGCACACCUGAUAUUUGCUACAAUGCACUUUAUAUUCUAGUUUUCUAUCAGUUAUUUAGGUCUGUUCCGUCUUGUUCUACAAAAAUUAUUUACAUUUGAAAUAAAGCUGCACUAAGCUACAGUUAACCUGUAAAACUAUAUAUGGUUAUUGUUUAAAUGUGUUUUAACCUCCUGUCAUUAACUGGGACGUUCUGCAAAUUGCACCGAAUUGAUUUUCAUUUUUAAUGUUAAGUUUGGACACUUCUCUGUUUACUGGAUGUGGAAACCUGAUGGCAAAUAGCUCUUAGUGUUUAAUAAUUUAGUGUUUUUGGGGGGAAUUAGUAAACUGGAAGGGUCAACCACAACGUCCAACCAGUCAUUUAUUGUAAGGAGUCAUUUUUAAAAAGAGCUGUGGUGAUUUAAAAAAAAAAUCUUUUGUGCACCUAGCAGAAAGUGCUGAACUGGAAAUUGGAUACCAGCGUCUUAAAUUUGCAAAUUGGGGUGUUUUGGUUGUCUUCGCUAACUGAUUUAAACACCCUUACCCUUUGACCUCUAGACUAAACAGAAGUAGAUGGAAUUACAACUUAUGUUUUUUUCAUAAUUUAGAACUGUUUGUAGGGAUGGUAAUUAACAGUCUGUAGUGUUUAAAUAACUGGAAAGUGUCACUAAAGUACCUAAAUGCUAAAGAAAAUGUUUAAGUUUGUCAAUUUUCUUUUGACACUUUAUAAAGUGGGAAACUAUUCUCAGAUAAACACAUUUCAGCGAUGUUAAUAGACAGAAAUGAUUAUUUGGGAUACACAUAGUCAUCAGGAUUUUGAAAUAAAUCUGUUUAGAUUAUAAAAGCACCGAUCAGGCUUUUACUGGCCGAUACCGAUUUGAAGUUUUUGAGUUUUGACCUGCUUAAUCCGAGUUUCUUGCUUGGAGAUUAUCACCAAAUGAUUUGUGUAAACUGUGUUUCAUUCAACAAUUAAAUUUUCUCUAACUUCA